AUGUCUUAUGAGGAGCUCGAGCGAUGCUUCGAGGCUCUGGUUGGAGACUCCUCCAUCAACCGGGUCCUCGAAGAGGAGGUCGACGCACUCGACUUUGCCCAUAACAUACUCGGCCUGGCCGAAGCAGAGGAUGAAUCGCAGGAGGCCGCCGUUCCUGGCGAGGGAGCCUCGGAGUGGGCCGGAACCACGCUGGCCUUCUCCUCUUUGGCGGCCCAGUGA